CAAAGAUGUGUAUAAUACCUUGACUUGUCAAGCCCGUGAUCGUAUUAAAGGUUUAUCACAAGUUGCUGAAUUAUUAAACAACUUACAAAAUAAAAAAGAAUAUACGGUUACUUAUUCUGUUAAUAAUAAUAGACUUCAUAGUUUAUUCUUUACUAUAUCGAACUCAUUAACAGCUUUCAAGCGUUAUCCAGAGAUUGUGUUAAUGGAUUCAACGUAUAAAACAAAUCAUUUUGGAAUGCCACUCUUACUUAAUAGUGGUUUUGAUGCAAUGGGUUCUACAUUUUUAAUUGCAAGUGGACUUAUUUCUAAUGAAACUCAGUUAAAACAAAUAGCUGGUGAUGCAACAAUAAAUCAAAUCCAAACAAUUUUAACGGAUAAAGACCUUGCUAUGCUCUCAUCAGUUCGGAAUGAAUUAUCACAUGCCAAUUAUCAACUUUGUAUUUGGCAUUUAGAACAAAAUUUAAUUAAAAAUUUAACAGGAAAACUUAGUAAUAGAUUUUUGGCAUUUAGUAAGGAUUUUAAAGUUACAAUGAUGCAAAACACUAAGGAAAUGUUUGAAACUAGUUGGAAUCAUCUUUUAAUAGAAUAUCCCGAAGUCGAAAGUUAUAUGAAUGAACAGUGGAAACCUUUUACGUAUAUGUGGGCAUACUGUUUUACUAAUAAAAAUACUAACUAUGGAAUAAGAACAACACAACGAUCAGAGGCUAGCAAUGCACAUUUAAAACGGUUACUUGGUUAUACAAUACCAUUACCCGAGUUAAUAAAUGCAUUAGAUAAAUUAUCUUAUCAACAACUUCAACAACAAUACAAUUUAGCUAAAAUUAAAAAUUAUUCUAUUAAGAAGCAAGACAAUUUAUUCAAAGUUUAUUAUGAAAACAAUCACAAACAUACAGUACAUCAAACAGAUACAAUUUUAGUUUGUAGUUGUGAUUAUACUAUCCAAUUUUCUUUGCCAUGUCGCCAUAUUAUUGCUCUCUAUAUUGUUAAUCAAAAAAAGAUAAGUAUUGACUAUAUUGGCGAACGUUGGAUAGUGGAUACAAAUGAUAGAGUACAAUUUAGACAACAAAUUAUUACAAGUAAUGAGUUUUCAGCAUCAACUGAAGAUUUUGUAUCAACUGUCGAUUCUGUAUCAACUAUCAAUUCUGCAUCCACUGCCAAUUCUGUAUCAACUACCGAUUCUAUUAUAUCAACUAUCGAUCCUAGAUCAACUUCCAAUUUUGUACCCACUGCUGAUUUUGUGUCAACUGAUAAUUCUAUAUCGAUUUUAACUACACCAACUACUGAAUUAGCUAAUUAUAGCAAUCAACAAAUAUCUAGAAGUACCGGUACUGCUGAUUUACUAAAAGAAAUUGAAGCAAUUUGUAAUCGA